CUACAAAUCAACUCACCAAAAAUCAGCGUAGUUUGAUCUGGCACUGUGGCGGAGAUGAAAGGUGGUAAAUAUGGCGGCGCCCUUGGAAGAAGAUGAAAUCGACAAUGAUGACUAUUAUUCUCUCUUAAACGUCCGCAGGGAGGCCACACAGGAAGAGCUCAAGGCAUCAUAUCGCCGUCUUUGCAUGCUGUACCACCCAGACAAGCACAGAGAUCCAGAGCUUAAGAGGCAGGCAGAGCAGCUUUUUAACUUGGUGCACCAAGCAUAUGAAGUGUUAAGCGACCCACAAUCUAGAGCUAUAUAUGACAUAUAUGGGAAGAGAGGACUUGAGGUUGAAGGAUGGGAGGUGGUGGAGAGGAGAAGAACACCAGUGGAGAUCCGUGAAGAGUAUGAGCGACUUCAAAGGGAGAGAGAGGAGAGAAGACUGCAGCAAAGGACCAACCCUAAGGGGACAAUAAGUGUGGGUGUUGAUGCAACUGACCUCUUUGAUCGCUAUGAGGAGGAUUACGAAGAGGUCUCUGGUCGUGGCGGCCUACCACACAUUGAGAUCAACAGGAUGCACAUAUCCCAAUCCAUAGAGGCCCCUCUGACCACCUCAGACACAGCCAUUCUCUCCGGCUCCCUAUCCACACACAAUGGCAACGGAGGAGGAAACAUAAACUUGGCCCUGCGUCGAGUCACCUCAGCUAAGGGCUGGGGAGAGGUUGAGUUAGGGGCAGGAGACACACAUGGCCCUCUGUUUGGAUUAAAGAUUUUCCGUAAUUUGACUUCACGUUGCUUUGCAACGGCUCAUUGUGGCAUGCAGUUUUCAUCUCGCGGUAUGCGGCCAGGUCUCACUACCAUACUUGCACGCCAACUCAACAAAAACACUAUGGGUUAUUUACAGUGGCGCUGGGGAACUCAGUCGUCCAUGAACACCAGCAUUGUCAGGGAUACCAAAAGCAGUCAUUUCACCUUUGCUGUGCAGUUGGGAAUUCCACAUACUUUCAUCAUGAUGAGCUAUCAGUACAAGUUCCAGGAUGAUGAUCAGACCAAGAUCAAAGGCUCAGUCAAGUCAGGGUUUUUCGGGACAGUAGUGGAAUAUGGUGCCGAGACAAAGAUCAGUCGUCACAGUGUUCUAGGUGCUGCUGUCAGUGUUGGAGUACCUCAGGGCGUUUCCCUCAAGAUCAAGUUGAACAGAGCUAGCCAAACAUACUACUUUCCCAUUUACUUAACGGACCAGCUUCUACCCAGUGCUGUAUUUUAUGCCACUGUUGGACCGCUUGUGUUCUAUUUGGCCAUUCAACAGCUUGUUAUCAAGCCUUUCGUUCGUGCUCAGCAGGAACAGGAGCUUGAGAAACAGCGGGAGAGCUCAGCAACCGACACUGCCAAGAAGAAGCAAGAGGCAGAGGCAGCUGUUCUGCUGAUGCAAGAGUCUGUGCGAAGAAUUAUCGAAGCAGAGGAGUCCCGAAUGGGUUUGGUUAUCCUCAACGCCUGGUAUGGCAAGUUUGUAACGGACAACAGUCGUAAGCACGAAAGGGCAAGGGUCAUUGAUGUGACUGUGCCUCUUCAGUGCCUGGUGAAAGACUCUAAGCUCAUUCUCACAGAAGCCUCUAAGGCUGGUUUACCGGGCUUCUACGACCCCUGUGUAGGUGAGGAAAAGAGCCUAAAGUUGCUGUAUCAGUUCAGAGGUGUGAUGCACCAAGUUUUAUGUGGUGACACAGAAGCACUCAGGCUACCAAAACAAUCCCACAGGAUUGAUAAUGACAAUUAGGAACAUGUAUCUCUUGAGCUGAAAGGGACAGCUUGGACUGGUAUAGAGCGAUGAGACAGAUGUUCUGGAGUAAAGCCCUGGAAACAAUCUGUGCCCAUAGUCUUCAGUCUUCACAAGUCUUCAUAUAAUUCUUUAUCCGUUAUUUUGUGCCGUUUUAAAUAUUAUUCUAAAGGAUAAAUGUUUGGAAAUUAGAACAUUUAAUUGGGAAGUUUGAUUUGCUGGAUUUACACAAAUAAAAUAAUUAUCUUUCGCAGAAAAAAAGAAACAAGAUAAAAAAAAAAACUGUAAUGUGAAAAGCAAGACAACAGAUGUAUUCCUGUUUUUGUAGGCCUUUAUUCACAUUUUAAAGAGAAGGCAUCUCCCCCAAAGAUGGGUGCACAUCCUUCACAGUGGAGCAUCACUAGACCACAACAGUGCCUGCAAUCAGCACUCACCAGAGAGUGCUAUUUUACUUUCAUUACAUGAGAAAAACCACUGCUGCUAGAUCCAACUCACUGAAUCCCACACAAUAUGGUGUACCCCAGCUGUCAGCCUUUUGACUUGUUUUUUAACACCAUCAUCCAAAUAAAUGAUAAUACUAAAAGUGUUUUAUCACUUCUGGAAAGAUUUCACAGAUAAACAUUUCCUCUUGAUUUCACGCCAUUCACUUAAGCCUAAUAUUUGGAGGCCCGCCUAUUGUAAUCUACAUCAUCCAGCAGUGUCAUGAGGAUUAAAGAGUCCAAUGCAAAAAAAAAUUGUAGUACUGUCUUUGUA